AUGAGACUUUUUUUCCAUCUCGGUGCCUCAAAGCUCACCUUCCUCUCCCUCACCCUCCUCUGCCUCAUCCCGCGGACCGUCACGUCGUACCCCCACCCCCCCAUCGCCCUCCUGGCCCCGGGGGACGGAGCCGAGCUGGAGUCCGCCCUGCUGCGCCUCAGGGCCGCUCUGGACGACGACUGGCUCGUCAGGCCCGACGGCGGGGUCGAGUGGCCUCGAGACCUCCUGCUGAGGCCAGGAGACCAGGAGGAGGAGGAGGAGGAGAAGGAGGAGAAGGAGGAGGGGUCCUGGGAGGAGGAGGCCCUGCUGAGAGCCCAGAGAGGAGACCUGGUGGGCCGGCCGCUGUCACCCUUCCCCGGGGGUCUCUCUCUGGCGAGCAUGAACUAUCAGGAGGGAGGAGAAGGGGAGGACGGGAGGAAGAGGAACGAGGCUCUGACCUCCAUCGCCGGAGGCCUCCAGGCCGUGAGCCGGGAGAAAGGGGGAUUCGGGUUCCGCUUCGGGAGGAAAAGAUGGACCGACAGGGGAUGGAUGGAUUAA